AUGCUCACACUGAAGAACGAGUACUCGACUUUUAGCCGGAAAGCUGAUGCCAAGAUCAAACAGCUGAAAGAUGUUCUGGAUCGAGUGCAGCGUGGGGAUAACGUGGAUGUUGAGAAGGUUUUGGGCACUGGAGACGAGGAGCAGGAGCAGGAGUGGAGAGACGUAUUACGCAAUAUUGCAGAAGUAGACCAACUGUGGCAAGCCAAGGACCGCAAACGGGGGGAAAGUGGGCGGCCAAAAGAGCAGGAGCUGGACGCCGAAGCAGAUGGUGCUGACAAGAUCGCUGAACAGGGGGCUGCUGGCGAUAUUGAUUCAAAACCUCAAUCCAAUGUCGCCAAGAGACCUCCGGGCUUCUACUGA